CGAACCCCCAAUCGAUUCCAUUUUCGAAAUUUUUAGAAACAGAGAAAACCGCCGGUGGCGGUGAUGAUCGAUCCAAAAUGGCGAGCAAGCUUCUGUCGAAUCGGUUUCGGCAACUAGUGCUCACAUCAACGGCGACAAUCAGACCAACCUCAUUUACUACUUCAUUUUCUUUUUCUUCAUUUCGACGCGUAUUCUCUUCUAAAUUUUCGUCACCUUUAUCGUCUUCUUUCGGCAUCGAUUGCUCUACUGCUGCACCUGCGGAUAUUGCCGAUGUUCCUGAAGAAGUUGUUAAGGACUAUGUGGACGUUGUUUCUCCUGCCGUUGCUGUGAAUUCUUUGGCUGCCGAGCCCGUGUUUCCUACUCUCCUCCAGCCUCGAGUUGUUAUCUAUGACGGUGUCUGCCAUCUCUGCCACCGCGGUGUUAAGUGGGUUAUAAAAGUUGACAAAUAUAAGAAGAUCAAGUUUUGCUGCCUUCAGUCCAAAACUGCUGAACCAUACUUGAGACUGAGUGGCCUGGACAGAGAGGAUGUUUCCCAUCGCUUCGUGUUCAUCGAGGGCCAUGGUUCUUACCACCAAGCUUCCACAGCUGCUCUGAGGGUAUUGUCCUAUUUGCCUCUUCCUUACUCAGCCUUGAGCGCCUUCUUGAUAAUCCCAACUCCUCUUAGAGACAGUAUCUACGACACUGUUGCCAGACAUCGUUAUGAUAUGUUUGUAAAGGCUGAAGGUUGCUUGGUUUUACAAGAUGAAGAGCUCCUUGAGCGUUUCAUUGACAGGGAGGAACUACUCAAUCAACGCCAUCAAGAGUAAGGAACCGUGUCGUGUCGUGUCCAUUGCAUUUUCUCUUGUGGACAUGGAAUUGUAAAUGUUAGUCUUACGCUUACCCUCCCCUCUUUUGGACAAAAGAACCUGAUAUGAUGAAUGUAAUUCGAAACACUUAAGCUGGAAGUGUACUAGUAGCCAGUAGGAAGGUGACGUACUGUAAUGAUCAGUUUUAAACAAGAAACGACAACAUCCAUAAUUCAAAAUUAACAUAUUGAAAGUA